UUAAACUCAAGAUGUUGAUAAUUAUCACUUUGCACGGACACAGCUAUUGUAUUGUAUUACAUAACUUAAGAUCAUUAAGUCAUAUGAUAGUUUCAGAAAAUAUAUUAUUGGCAAAAAUCAUAUUCGUAUCUCAAGCAUAUUUGGAUGUAAUAGUGAAUCAAACUUUCGAAACAACGUUAAAGAGAACAGAACAUUAUUUUGAAAUACUAGUAGUUAUUUUUGAAAUGCAUAGCAUGAAAAAAAAACUUGCAUCAUUUCUCCACAAUGAGAAAAGCAAAUUCCCUAAUGUGGUUACUCUGAAAACAGAAACAUCGAAAUCAAAAAAGUUCACAGUGUUUCUUGAGUCACGGCAUCCGAGAAAGCUAAAAUUUGCAAAAAUAGAAGUAUUGGAUGUAACGAAAAAUGAAGACUCAAAGGAUCCAUCAGUCGAGGUGUUGCGAAAUACAUUACAUGGCCGAAGCUUCCUGUUUCCAGUUGACUUCCCUUGUAAUGUGACACCAAUAAACAGGUCGUUCAGACGGCAAUCUUACUCUUCAAUAUCCGAGGUGUGUGACUGCAUUCCUAACGUGCUUCUCCUAGAAGACGAUGCGGAACUCCCGAACGUAACAGAAGACGCAUCAACCUUUCGUCCGAAGGGCACUCGUUUAAGCGUUAUUGACGUUCGCCGUGACGAUAAAAUGAUAAAAAUGAUGUUAAGUGAUGAACAGAAUGACAAAUUUCUCGUUAAAGAGAACAAUCCUCUUCUUUUCACCGCAGUUUUGCCGACAAGGAAACUCAAACUGGAGGAAUUUCUCAAAACAUCGCGAUUACCGCGUUUGGUAGUUUUCGACGCCAUUCCUCCUGAACGUAUUGUAACAGAUGAUGCAAAUAGCGUUGCACUAAUCAAGGCAGCCUUCAAUGGAACAGUCAGAAUCAAGGAAAUUGUGGAACAAGAUCUGAUAAUUGGCUGGGUCAAGGAUGUGAAAAAAUCAAAACAUGCCUACAAAUUGCUUAUAAUACCGGCUUCUUUAGCAACUAACAUUGUGUGUUCCGAAGUCAAAGGGCCGGUAGAGGGAGACAAAGAAAAACUGAUACUUUCGCAUUUUAGUCUGUGCUCUUUCGAGAAAUUGAUACAAAAUCGGUUAUUUUUACUGAAUCCAGACAUGAAAACAUUAACUGAUAUUAACCUAACGAUCAACGCGUUCAACCCCAACUUGCAGGCCGAUCCUGUCCGUUAUCCUGAAAUAGGGAAAAUGGAAACUAGGCAAGCACAUAGUAAGGAAAUGGGUCUCGACGACAAGACCGAAGCGGGCAGUGACAGUACAACUGAGCAAUGGAAGCAAGGGCAACAUGCUGACGAAAAAGGUAUCGACGAAACGAUCAAAGCGGGUAGGGACAAUACAACUGAGCAAUCGAAGCAAGGUCCACAUGCUGACGAAAAAGGUAUCGACGAAACGAUCAAAGCGGGUAGGGACAAUACAACUGAGCAAUCGAAGCAAGGGCCACAUGCUGACGAAAAAGGUAUCGACGAAACAAUCAAAGCGGGUAGGGACAAUACAACUGAGCAAUCGAAGCAAGGGCCACAUGCUGACGAAAGCUCAACUUUACUGGAUGAUGUUCUGAAUGGGUGCACUUGGCAGGUCAAAGAAAAGUUAGAUGUAAUAUGUGGAAACACGAGAAUACCAAGUUAUCACGAGCAAAGUAACAUCAUGUCCGCUACAGAUGCGUUGGGAUCGGAAGACGGGGGGGGUGAACGUGUAAAUGUACAAACCGUCCUUGCAGGGGAACAACAAUGAUAUGAUAUUACAUGUAAACGUUACUUUUACUUUUAAAAGCGCUCGGUAUGAAUGAACGUGAUUGUAACUUCGUCAAUCACAAACGCGUUUCCGUUUGCAACCAAUUUAGGUCCUUGGUUAUAUGAUCAUUUAGUUAUGAAACCUUCUUGUGUAAAAUAAAUAACAUGUAUUUAAUUUUUA